AUGACCAACGCAACCAACGAAAUGACCGUCGCCGAAACACGCAAGCUCGUCGACUGGGCCGUCCGCCUCAAGUUCAGCGACAUCCCCCAAUCCACGGUAGACAAGACUAAACGCCUCUUCGCCGACUGGGUCUUCUGCGCCUUUGCCGGUGCCGGCUAUCGCACAAUCGACGGCCUCAAGGCCGUCGCCGACGAGACGGGCGGCGCAGCAACUGGUGCAUGCUCGACCUUUGUUGGCGACAAACGGCCCCCUUACUGGGCAGCAUACAUCAAUGCUGGAGCGGGUCAUGUUGUCGAGCAAGACGACCUGCAUAAUGCCAGUGUAGUCCAUCCUGCCACGGUUGUUUUCCCAGCCGCGUGGGCUGCCGCGCAGAAUAAGGGCGCAUCGGGAGCCGAGUUUAUCGCAGCAAGUAUUGUUGGGUAUGAGGUUGCGUGUCGUGUGGGGCGUCUCUUGGGACGGGAACAUUAUCGUAUUUUCCACUCGACCGCUACUGCCGGAACGCUUGGUGCUGCUGCUGCGACGGCUAGGAUUCUGGGCCUGGAUGCGGAAAAGACGCUCGAUGCGUUGGGGAGUGCUGGGACCCAAGCGGCAGGACUGUGGCAGUUCCUCGCAACGGCCGCGGACAGUAAACAGGUUCAUUGUGCGCAUGCGGCCGGAACUGGUGUCCAGUCGGCCUUCCUCGCCAAACACGGGGUUACUGGUGCACACGAUAUCCUCCUCGGUCCACAGGGAUUGUUUGCAGGAAUGUCCAAGGGUACACCGGACGCCUCGGUCCUUCCCUUCGAUGGGCUUUACGAGGUCGACGCGACGAGUUUCAAGUUCCACGCCUCGUGCCGACACACGCACCCGUCCGCCGACGCUUUGCUGGACAUUCUCACCGAGAACAACCUGUCUCCAGACGACAUAGCUCGCGUCGACUGCGGCGUACACCAGAGCGCCCUCGACGUUCUGGGUCCUGCAGAGGGCGCUGCGUCUGUCCACCAGUCCAAGUUCAGCAUGGGCUUCGUGUUGGGUACAAUUGCGAAUGGCCGCAGUGCCCAGCUCGCAGACUUCUCGGAUGCGAGGCUCGAGGAUCCCGCCGUCCGCGCAUUCCAGAAGAAAGUACACAUGUACCUCGACCCCAAGGUCGAUGGCGCGUACCCCGCAAAGUGGACCGCCCUUGUCAAGGUCACGAUGAAGGACGGGCGUACCUUUGACAAGUUUAUGGAGACGCCAAAGGGUGAUCCGGGAAACACGCUUAGCGACGACGAGCUGCUGGCCAAGUGGCACAAGCUUAUUGGGUAUGCCGAGUCCAGCGUCGACGUCGACAAGCUCGCAAAGGAACUGUUGGUCCUCGAGACGCGGCCGUCGAUGGAUGGCUUGAUCUAG